AUGCUAAAAUUUAUUAUUCCUACUAUCAUACUUAUACCUCUGACUUGAUUAUCAAAAAGUAACUUUAUCUGAAUCAAUACCACAGCCCAUAGCCUAUUAAUUAGCUUCACAAGCUUACUUCUACUUAACCAAUUCAACGAUAAUAGUCUUAAUUACUCUUUAACAUUUUUCUCUGACCCCCUUUCCGCACCACUCUUAAUACUAACAAUAUGACUUCUCCCCUUGAUAUUAAUAGCAAGUCAAUUCCACCUCCUAAAAGAGCCACUCACCCGAAAAAAACUCUACAUUACAAUAUUAAUUAUUCUACAAAUCCUCUUAAUCAUGACCUUUACCGCUACAGAACUAACUAUAUUUUAUAUUACAUUUGAAGCCACACUAAUCCCUACUCUCAUUAUCAUCACCCGUUGAGGUAACCAAACAGAACGACUUAAUGCAGGACUUUAUUUCUUAUUCUAUACACUCGUAGGAUCUCUCCCCUUACUAGUAGCAUUAAUAUAUUUACAAAAUACAGUAGGCUCCCUAAACUUCCUAUUAUUACAGUACUGAGCUCAACCAUUAUCAACUUCCUGAUCUAACACUUUCAUAUGACUAGCUUGCAUAAUAGCCUUUCUAGUAAAAAUACCCCUUUAUGGGUUACACCUCUGAUUACCCAAAGCACAUGUAGAAGCUCCCAUUGCAGGUUCAAUAGUCCUUGCAGCUGUACUACUAAAACUCGGAGGCUACGGAAUACUACGAAUCACAUCAAUUCUUAACCCUUUAACAGAAGACAUAGCCUAUCCUUUCCUUGUGUUAUCCCUAUGAGGAAUAAUCAUAACCAGUUCUAUUUGUCUACGCCAAACAGACCUAAAAUCACUAAUCGCAUACUCCUCAGUUAGCCACAUAGCACUCGUCAUCGCAGCUGUCCUUAUUCAAACCCCCUGAAGUUAUAUAGGAGCCACCGCCCUAAUAAUUGCCCACGGCCUUACAUCCUCCAUAUUAUUCUGUCUAGCAAACUCAAACUACGAACGCAUUCAUAGCCGAACCAUAAUCCUAGCACGAGGCCUACAAAUCUUUUUUCCAUUAAUAACUACUUGAUGAUUACUAGCAUGCUUAACAAACCUUGCCCUACCUCCUACCAUCAAUCUGAUCGGAGAACUACUCGUAAUUAUGUCAACCUUCUCAUGAUCAAAUCUCACCAUUAUCCUCAUAGGAGUAAACAUUGUAAUCACAGCCCUCUACUCCCUAUAUAUACUAAUUAUAACACAACGUGGCAAGCACACACACCAUAUUAAUAAUCUUACCCCUACCUUCACACGAGAACAUGCCCUAAUAGCCCUACACAUUAUCCCCCUCCUACUCCUGUCACUAAACCCUAAAAUCAUUCUAGGACCUCUUUAUU